GCCGCAGUUCUCUGCCGGUGAAACAGUGUCGGACAAGCGGGUGCCAUUUGGCGCAGUUCUGAGCUACAUCCGUUCACAAAGGGCGUCCAAAUUAUUUAUUUACCGUCGUAUUUUUAUCACAUUUUGCCGUUAAACCUUCACAAUGAGCUCCAUCAACGUCAAAAAACUGAAAGUAAAUGAGCUGAAGGACGAGCUGAAGAAGCGCAAUCUGUCGGACAAGGGGCUGAAGGCCGAACUGAUGGACCGCCUGCAGGCCGCGCUGGACGAGGAGGCCCUGAGCGGAGACGCGGACACCGCGGCCGACGACGGCUUCGACCAAGCCGCCGACCAGGAGGGUAUGGGUGAGGAAGAAGAAGGCCCCAUUGAAGAGAGCAUGGAGGCCAACGAGGACGAGGAAGAGGGCGAGCCAGAGAACGGGGACGACGGCAACGGCGUCGCCGAAGACGAAGAGAUGGGUGAGGGGGAAGAGGAAGCAGAGGAGGACGACGAGAUGGACCCCAUGCUCAAGGGAGAUGUGGACGACAUGGAGAAAAUAGAGGCAGAGGACGGUGAGCCCGCGGACCAGGCUGCUGAGGGGGAUGCGGACAAAGACACGAAUGCUGAUCAGAAGAAUAAGAAGGGUGUUAAGAGACGCCGGGAGGAACAUGGAAGGGGCUACUUUGAAUUUAUUGAAGAGAACAAAUACAGCUGGGCCUCAUUUAAGUCUCCUGUGCCCCCUUUGGAGGAAGAAGAUGAAGAGUUUGAUGACACAAAAGUCUGUCUGGAUACCUACAACUGUGACCUGCACUUUAAAGUGUCACGGGACCGUUUCAGCGCCUCAUCUCUCACAAUGGAGAGUUUCGCUUACCUUUGGUCAGGAGGCAAGGCCACCUACGGUGUGAACAAAGGCAAAGCCUGCUUUGAGAUGAAGAUUACAGAGAAGAUUCCAGUGAAGCACAUUUCCAGCAAAAACAUGGAGAUCCAUGAUGUGCAGGUCGGCUGGUCCCUGGCUGCUGGCACUCUGCUCCUCGGCGAGGAAGAGCAUUCAUACGCUUACUCUGGGAAAGGCAAGAAGACCGCCAACUGUGUGACAGAGGACUUUGGAGAAACCUAUGAGGAGAAUGACGUCGUCUGCUGCCUAAUUGACUUUGAGGGCGAUGAAGUGGUGAUGUCCUUCGCCAAGAACGGCGGUGAGCCAGCUGUUGCAUUCCAGAUCAGCAAGGACUCCCUGGAUGGCCAGGCCCUUUUCCCCCACAUCAUCUGCCACAACUGUGCUGUGGAGUUCAACUUUGGUCAGAUGGACACUCCGUACUUCCCUCAGCCUGAGGAUUACACUUUCCUGCAGCAGAUUGCUGUCAGUGACCGAGUCCGAGGGCUCAAGGGGCCUCAGACCAGGGCUGAUUGCGAGAUCAUUGUGAUGGUUGGUCUGCCAGGCUCUGGGAAGACUACAUGGGUGAAGAACCAUGUCCAAGAGAACCCUGGGAAGUAUUACAUCCUGGGCAGUGACACCAUUGUGGACAAGAUGAUGAUCAACAGCCUGAAACGCCAGUCAAAGGACAUUACAAAACUGACCGCCAUCUCCCAGCGAGCACCGCUUUUCUUGGGAAAGUUCAUUGAGAUCGCUGCACGCAAGAAGAGAAACUACAUCCUGGAUCAUACUAACCUGUCUGCUCCAGGCCAGAAGAGGAAGAUGUGUUUGUUCGCAGGCUUCCAGCGUAAGGCUGUUGUGGUCUGUCCCUCUGAUGACGACUACAAGCAGAGAGUCCAGAAGAAGGUUGAGACCGACGGAAAGGAAGUGCCCGAACAUGCUGUGCUCAAAAUGAAGGGCUUCUACUCUCUGCCUGAGGAGGGCGAGAGCUUCAACGAGGUCAUCUAUGCUGAGAUGCAGAAGGAGGAGGCCGCCAAGCUGCUGGAACAGUACAAAGAGGAAAGCAAGACGGCUCUGCCUGCCGAGAAGAAGCCCAACCAGGGCAGCACAACGCCCAAGAGAGGCGGUGGUCUGCGUGGUGGUGGCCGCGGAGGCAAGAACCAGUUUGGCCGUGGUGGUGGACCUGGACAGAGGGGUGGCGGACGUGGAGGCUUCCAGAACAGAGGCAACUUCAGAGGAGCUCCUGGCCCUCGUGGCGGCUUCAACCGCCCCCCUCGUGGCUUCCUGCCUCCCCCAGCCUUCAGAGGAGGAUUCCCCAACCGUGGAAACUUUAACCGGGGUGGUGGCCCCAUUCCCAGCCUGGGCGGAUCCCCCAGGGGCAGACCAAUGAGGGGUUACAUGGGACCCAGAGGAGCACCCAUGAACAGAGGUGGUCCGAUGAACAGAGGCAACAUGAGCAGAGGAGGUGGAGGCGGCAUGAACCGCGGUGGAAACAGGGGACAUCCCAACCAGUAUCAGCAGAGAGGUGGUGGCCGUGGCAACUUUGGCAACAAGAACGGCAACUUUGGCAACAACAGGAACAGCGGCAACUUUGGCAACAGGAACGGCAUGGACAAGGCCCAGGCCUUCAACCAGAGCUGGCAACAAGGGUUCUGGAACCAGAAGCCGUGGAGCCAGCAGUACCAGCCCGGAUAUUACUAACACACUUGUUCUAAUGGACUGGUGGCGACACUGAGAUCCACCGCUAGCCACGGAACAUCCCCCGCUGUCCCCGCUGUUUUGUUUUUUCUUUUUCUUUGAACCCACUUUUAUUAAUCUGAAACCCACCAACCAAGACUAAAGCGACGUGGAGCAACAUUCCAUCAGAGAGGAGACCAGGCAACACGAGUGUAAUUGAAGCUUUAUAUAUAUCUAUAUUCACAUGUACAGUGUGGGUUCAGCUUCAUUCAGUCAUGAGUUAUUUUUUUUUCUUUUUGUUGUAUAUUUCAUUAUCUUUUUCCACCACUUUUAAAUGACAUGCUUUUAAAGUAAAAAAAAAAAAAAAUCUAAUAUUUGUAAUAUCAGGAACAGAAACAGUUUGCCAGUCGGGCAGUUAUUAAGAAGAUUUUUGUUUUCAGGGUUGUGCAUUUUAUCUGUGCUGUGAUUUUUUUUGUUUUUGUUUUUGUUUUUUUUUGCUUUUUUAUUACAAAUUGUAAAUAUACUUUUUUUUUUUUUUGGCGUAGUUUGUAUGAGAAGUUUAAGAAACCCUAAUGAUUGAAAGGAACCUUGGCUUCUUGGCAAGAAGCAUGAUAGCUGAUAAUAUUGUUAGACUGUACAUGUCAGUAGAGUCCACUGUCAAACAGUUAACCUGAAGCAGCAGAAAAAUUACAGCAAGUUUUUGUCUUUUGUUCCCACUAUCGAAACUGUAACGUAAACUCCAUAGACCUACAAUAAACGACUCGUUGGCUUUUUUACAUUCUUCCUGGCUUAUGACUUUUGAUUUAGUUCAAAGGUGUGUAAAAGACCUUUGAAUGGGCGAUGGCCUGGUUUGCUACUUCAAACGACACGGACAUCAGCCCGGCUACGAGCUCCACUCGGCGCCUCAGUAGUAAAGUAUUCCUCUCAAGUGUCUUCGUCUUUGAUAUGUCAUUUCUAGUCCUUUUAGCUAUUCCAAUGUACAUUGCUUUGAGAAAGUAUUUUGGCCAAGCCAUUUUAAGGAUAGAAAUAAGCCAUUUUUAGUGAUACAUUAUGCCUCUUAAUUCAUGUAUGUUUAAUUUAUAUUAAGUUGAGGGCACUGAUGACGCUUGAUUCUCAGGAGAAAGUAUGUUUUCUAGAUUGUCUAUCAACGGUUCCUUUAGUGCAGUAGACUUCUGAGAAACGGCAAGCACUGAUCAGUCCAAUUUAAACACCAAACCACAAUAUCAUUUGACCGUUAAAUGCAUGAUUUUUCUUAUUUUUUAUUUCUCCAAUGAUUUAACACCACUUUUUUUCAAUUUCUGAUGCGAGUUCAGCACAAAAGCGGUUGAAUGGAGGCGGGGUAGCUUACUUUCACCAGCAAUCCUAAAGGGCUACACAGUAUCGCAACACUUCCGCCGACUGCUCAUAAAAGACCUUUUCAAGCUAUGUAACUGCUUUUCAACUCUUGCGGCGUUGUUACUUUUGUUCAGAAGCACUCUAGAGUUCGUGUUGGUGACUGUGUGGCCCGACAGUAACGGCAGCUCCCCAUUCAAACAGCUCACAAUGUAUCCCGGCUCAUGUUUCAGCACUUGAACAACGCGGAGCUGGAAAAAACAAACCCAUUACAUUACAUCCGACGAUUCCGGUGGUGUGUGUGUCCAUUGUUUUUGAUUUUCUACCUGCCCAUGUUGAUAUUUAAUAAAACAUGUAAAUACUUACUAAAUACACCACUAAUUCAACCAUGCACGAAUUUUCAUGGAUUAAUUGAGUAAUAAAUGUGUUGUGAUUAAGAAAGUAUCAGUUUGCCCGCGUACUGCUGUGUGAUGAACUGUCGAUUCUAUUUAAAUGUCUGGAGAGUUUGUGCCCUCCUUUUUUAUUGUACUGGAUACAUAAAUCUAGCAGAAUGCAAGCUUUGGGUUUACAGUAUAAUCUAUAAUACAACAGACACUAUAUUUUUAUCGCUUUGUGUUGCAGGUUGUAUAUCAGGUCUUUUAUUAUUAAACCAACAGCGCAAAAGCUUUGAGACAUUUUGAGAUUUGUUGUCUUUUCUAUCUGACGGUUUUUAAUAUUUGUGUUAAGAAAAUUGGGAUUGUAUCUUUUUUCUUUUUUUUUUUUUAAUUUGUCUCUAUUAAAGUUAAAAGAAGCUGGUA